CAGCCCUACUCCACUUCUGCGCACGGUGAGCUGAGGAGGUAAAACUGUAAUUUAAUGAGAAAGUUGCCAUUACAGUGGAUGAUUCCCAUUCCAUUUCUGGCUUAUUCCAUUCACAAACAUUUUCUUCUUUCUCUUCUUCUUCCCAUGAUCAUCGCUUCGCUUCCCAACGCAAUCCUCUUCACCCAAUUCUGAAAAUCCCCCUAUCUCUCUCCACGAUCUUCCAUGUCAGUCGCUUCCAUUCGCCGUUUAGCCGCCGGGGCCGCCGUAAUUGCCGCUGCUUCCGGUGGCGCUGUCUACCUCGCCCCGUCUGUUGCCUCUAGUGACAGAGGCGGUGGUCCGAUUGUAGAUUCAUUGAGGCGUAGGAUUGGUGAUCCCACCGCUCCUGUUCCGUCCCGAUCUGCUCAAGAGUCUGUUCUGAUUGGAGCCAGCUCUUCUAAUCCGCUCGAUGUCCUCGUCAUUGGCGGUGGAGCCACCGGUUCUGGAGUCGCUCUCGACGCUGCUACACGUGGUCUCCGUGUUGGUCUGGUAGAGCGAGAGGAUUUCUCCUCCGGGACUUCUUCUCGUUCAACGAAGCUAAUCCAUGGAGGGGUUCGCUACUUGGAGAAAGCUGUUUUCAACCUUGAUUAUGGACAGCUGAAGCUCGUGUUUCACGCGCUUGAGGAGCGUAAACAGCUCAUUGAGAAUGCGCCACAUCUCUGCCAUGCCCUGCCUUGCAUGACACCUUGUUUUGACUGGUUCGAAGUAAUCUACUUCUGGAUGGGGUUGAAGAUGUAUGACUUGGUCGCAGGACCACGCUUGUUGCAUCUCUCCAGAUAUUACUCUGCACAAGAGUCUUCUGAGCUCUUCCCAACUCUUGCAAGGAAAGGCAAAGACAAGAAUUUGAAGGGCACUGUUGUGUAUUAUGACGGGCAAAUGAAUGAUUCACGUGUGAAUGUGGGUUUGGCUUGUACUGCCGCUUUAGCUGGUGCUGCAGUGCUCAACCAUGCAGAGGUCGUAUCGCUUAUCACAGACGAUGCUACUAAGAGAAUCGUUGGUGCCAGGGUUCGUAACAAUCUCACAGGCCAAGAAUUUGAUAGCUAUGCGAAAGUAGUUGUUAAUGCGGCUGGACCGUUCUGCGAUUCCAUUAGGAAGAUGGUUGAUGAAGAUACAAAGCCGAUGAUAUGUCCAAGCAGCGGUGUACACAUCGUGCUCCCUGACUACUAUUCUCCAGAAGGGAUGGGCUUGAUAGUCCCUAAGACUAAGGAUGGUCGCGUUGUGUUUAUGUUACCGUGGUUGGGAAGAACAGUAGCAGGCACUACAGACUCCAACACGUCAAUCACUGCGCUUCCAGAACCUCAUGAAGAUGAGAUUCAAUUUAUACUGGACGCAAUCAGCGACUAUCUUAACAUCAAGGUUCGACGCACUGAUGUUCUUUCGGCUUGGAGUGGUAUCCGUCCAUUGGCCAUGGAUCCAACAGCCAAGAGCACAGAGAGUAUCUCCAGAGACCACGUUGUCAUCGAGGAAUGUCCUGGUCUGGUGACAAUCACAGGUGGAAAAUGGACAACUUACCGAAGCAUGGCGGAAGAUGCGGUUGAUGCAGCAAUCAAAUCGGGAAAGCUGAAUCCAACCAAUGAAUGUGUUACACAGAAACUACAGCUUAUGGGUUCUUACGGAUGGGAUCCAUCUUCCUUCACAGCUCUUGCGCAGCAAUACGUGCGCAUGAAAAAGACCUAUGGUGGUAAAGUGGUUCCUGGAGCAAUGGACACAGCUGCUGCUAAGCAUUUGUCUCAUGCCUAUGGUUCAAUGGCUAACCGAGUCGCCACCAUAGCUCAGGAGGAGGGUUUGGGGAAACGGCUAGCACACGGGCAUCCGUUUCUGGAAGCAGAGGUUGCGUACUGUGCAAGGUACGAGUACUGCGAAUCAGCGGUGGAUUUCAUAGCGAGGAGGUGUAGAAUCGCGUUCUUGGACACGGACGCAGCGGCAAGAGCGUUGCAGCGUGUGGUGGAGAUUCUAGCAAGUGAACACAAGUGGGACAAGUCGAGGGAGACGCAGGAGUUGCAGAAAGCUAAAGAGUUUCUUCAAACUUUCAAGUCUUCCAAAAACGCACAGUUUCACGACGGCAAACACAACUAAAACGCGGCGGCCACUGAGAGAUUUUAAACUACUUUAUUGAAUUUAUUAUUUUCUAUUAUCGGAUUUUGGGGUUAGCGACUUAGCGAUAAGGAAUAAAAAUACUGUACGGGUGGAAUAAUACUGCGACUACGGCAAAUGUAACUUUGGAUUACACAAUUUGUUUUUUUUUUUCUCUUCUAAAUGGGAUGAGCAGUGUCUUCAAGAUACGGAGGCAAAAAUCGUUGUUUUUACAUUUUUCUCAAAUUGUUAUGUAGAGAGAGAGAGCUACAACUCCAAUAGAUUCUUAUAAUAUUUCUACGAUCGCUAUUCAUUUCACUCUGUAUCCAGUACGAUCAAGAGUGAGUAAUAUUACACCAUGCUGAGG